CAAGAGCAGAGAAAUCCCAGACGCGCUAGGAAACAGUGUCAGUUUCAACGUCUCUCCAGUCUCUUAUAUCCGCCUUCCAACAUUAUAGCCAGCGCCUCGAGGGUAUGGAGCCGUGUGUUUUGUAUUGCUGACCACUGGCCGUAACGUCGACGUUCAUGUUAUCGCCGUGGCCCCAGCAUCAUAUUGUGGAUUUGAUUUCCACGUGUUGGAAAGACAGCGACUGGGUGUUUUUUGGUGGUGUGUGGCCUUCUGAGACUACAUGUCUCUCUCAUUCACAUUCCCUUGUUCGUACACGUACUUCUCCAGUUCGCUUUUGAAAACUGACAUCGAUUCCGUUUCCACUACACUUGCAACUGAUCCCGACUCCUCUUCGACUUCUGAUGUUACAUCCACGUUCUAGACACCCACCUGCUCCAUUGAUGAUUUGAUCCCCAGCACUCAGUAUGGAAAGGCCGAGCAUGCUGACCCAGACCUCGGUGCUGCCGUUCUUUGACCCCAGUCACGCCCUCAACAUCCUGCAAGGCAUCAACGACCUGCGAGUGGAGCGCAAGUUCUUCGACAUGACGCUGUGGGUGGACGGGCAGGAGUUCCCCUGCCACCGCACCGUGCUGGCCGCCGCCAGCCACUACUUCAAGGCCAUGUUUGCCGGCUGGCUGAAGGAGAGCUACGCCGAGCGGGUGGAGCUGCACGGGGUGAAGGCCGACAUCCUGGGCCUGCUGCUCGACUUCUCCUACACCGGCAAGGUGACCGUCACCCAGGGCAACGUGGAGCCCCUGGCCCGCGCCGCCGACCUCUUCCAGUUCCACUCGGUGAAGGAGGCGUGCUGCGCUUACCUGGAGCACCAGCUGGACGUGAAUAACUGCCUGGAGAUCCAGGAGUUUGCCGAGGCCUACGCCUGCAGGAGUCUGGCCGAGAGCGCCAAAGGCUUCAUCCUGCGCCACAUCAUCGAGCUGUCGGAGGAGAAGGAGUUUGAGGCCUUGCCUCAGCGCCGGCUGCUCGAGUACCUGUCUGACGACAGGCUGCAUGUGGACAAGGAGGAGGCCGCCUACCAGCUGGCUCUACGCUGGGUCAAAGCCGACCCCAAGCGCCGGCUGCGCUUCUGGCCCGAGCUGUUCGAGCAUGUGCGCCUGCCAUUCAUCCGCCGCUUCUACCUGCUGGCCUACGUGGAGAGCGACCCGCUGGUCUACUACUCGCCCUUCUGCCUCAAGCUCAUCCACCAGGCCCGGGCCUUCCAGUCGUCCGCUUAUGACCGGCACGACUACCCUUGCGAGAGGAUGAGGUCUCGGCCCUCCACCGGCCUGGCCGAGAUCCUGGUGGUGGUGGGCGGCUGCGACAAGGACUGCGAAGAGCUGGUGACCGUCGACUGUUUCAACCCACAGACCGGCCAGUGGAGAUACCUCGCCGAGUUCCCCGACAACCUGGCCGGCGGCUACAGCAUCACCGCCUUUGGCAAUGACAUCUACGUAACCGGUGGUUCUGACGGGACGUCAUUGUACGACUCUGUAUGGCGGUACAAUUCGAGCGUGAAUGAGUGGACGGAGGUUUCGCCCAUGCUGCAAGCUCAUGAAUACCACAGUUCCGUCGUGCUCAAGGGACACAUUUACAUCCUCGCCCCCAACAGCUUGGAGCGCUACGACCACUCCGUGGAUAGCUGGGAGGCCCUGCAGCCAAUGCCGUACCCCAUGGACAACUGCUCGAGCACGGCCUGUCGGGGCAAGUUGUACACCAUCGGAACCCUUGCUGGCAAGGAAUCAAUGGCCAUUCAGUGCUACGACCCUGACGCUAACUUGUGGACUAUGGUGAUGUGUGGCUCGUUACCUCCAUGGUCAUUCGUGCCAAAGACGGUGACCCUGAAUGGAUUGAUAUACUUUGUACAGGAUGAUUCUUCAGAGGUUGACGUGUAUAACCCAACUAAGAAUGAAUGGGGCAAGAUCCCACCCAUGAAUCAGGUCCACGUUGGGGGAAGUGUGGCCGCCCUGGGAGGAAGGCUGGUUGUCUCCGGAGGCUAUGACAACACCUUUGAACUAUCUGGUGUCAUAGAGGCCUUUAACUUUCAGACUGGCUCCUGGAGUAUUGUUGGCCAUCUCCCCCAAUCCACCUUCUGGCACGGAUCUGUCAGCAUCUUCCGGCAGUUCAUGCCCACUGCCCGGGUCACCUUCGAAAGCUCGACCAAUGACAACCACAACAAUGAAAUAAACCGUCUAAAUCUGGCCCGGUAUCGGAGGCAGCUUCAUAAUGAGAACCUCCGCCUUUUGCACUGAGCAGGUUGGGUUGAUGGCUAAGAGCACAACAGUAAAACUUGCUCUCAAAUCAGCUGGCUGCUUCCCGCUUCCAAUUGAUGGUCAUCCAGUACUGAACUGCCUGGUGUCAAAUUGACCAUCGGCUUUCAUUAUUUAAUUCUAAAAUUCUCCAUGUUGCCACCGUCAGCACUCGUUGGUUCUACUGAACUUUGUUUGCUGUUGUUAGCUGCGUUCUAUCUACCACUGGCUGCUGGCUUUAUUUGUCUCCAGAGGGGAGAUGUGAAGCUUUAUCUCCCCAGCCUCGUCACCAAACUAGCGCUCGUUUAAAAAGCUCUGGUAAAAAGAAAACCUGCUUUCUGUAGCUCUACGUCAAAUUCAGUAAACAUUUAAAUUAAAAUCAAUUUAUUUGUGUAGUUCAACAAUGAGGAAAAAUGAAGCAAACAUUCUGUGCACAAAACCCAAGAACAGAAAUGUGGUUGUUAAUUUAUUUUUGUGAUAAUGUUUGAAGGAGGAAUAUUGGGAUGAUAGAACACUCAAGAACACAGUAAUGCUCUCGUAAUAUGGGAUCUGUUACAUUAGAUAAAUACAAUCUUGGUUUAGUGUCUCAUUGGACAAAUGGUGAGUGGAUAUGAUGUCAACAUCAAAAAUUGAGUCAAUCAACUUGAUCGGGCAACAUUCACCGUCAUGAAAAUACACCUUAGAUGGCGGAUGUGCAGGAGUGGGCGCCGUCUGUGUAUGGCAGCCUGCCCGCAGUCCGUCUCUUCACCUUUUUUUUAUUUUAAGUCCUGUCCAAAAUGUUAGUGGAGGUCUUUACUGUGGUGGGUGGGGGUGGGGAAGGGGGAAACUUUAAUUCUUAGUCACCUACCUGGUCGGAGAGGCAGCAUCCCUCCGAGCUGCUUCUUCGCCCCGUCCUCGCGGCCUACCAUCGAGAAUGGGGCGGCGUUUCCUGUCGGGACCGGCCGGGACUACAGCUUCGGCGGCGGCACAGCGCAAGGACACCACAACGGAGCGGAGCCACGGAGCGGGCGAUGCCUUGCCGGGUCGCCGUGCGGUAGGCUCCGGAGCACUGUGGCCGCCGACUCCCAACAUCGCAGAGCUGUGGCUGCGGGCGUCCAGCCGCGGGCGGCGCUGGAUUUGGAGUGCCGCGGAGCCUGGGAUCGAGUUCGCCGUGGUCGGAGCUCCAACCGGCGCGGCCUGAGGUCUACGAGUGCCCCGUCUCUGGUCUCCGGGGAGGAGGCAGGCGCUCCAGACUUUCCAAGCCGUUUGAGGAAUUGUUUCACCCGACGCCAGAGUUCCAUCUUCACGGCAAGAGGGCCCUGAAAAUCAUCGGACUGGCUGCAAGGCCACAAAUGGGCCCCGACCUCGGGUGUUUCAGAGGAAGAGGACUUGACUUUCUGGUGCCUUUCCCCACAGUGGAAAUUUUUGAUUCUGCUGUGGGGGGAUGUUUGUGUUGAACUCUAUAAUGUGUUGUGUCCAUUUUCUUUCUUUAUUUAUUUUUAACCUUUUUCUAUGGUUUGUAUGGAAACUUAUUAUUUAAUUUAUGUAAAGCACUUUGGUGUCAAUGCGAGUUGACUUAAAACGUGCUACAUAAAUAAAACUUACUUACUUACUUGAUGAGGCCGCAAAUCGAGGAUCUCCUUUUGUGCUGUUCUCCAGCCCAGGUUUCUGUAAUGGCUAAUAUUGGCAUUAAACUGAUCUCUCAUUGCUGAACUACAUACAGGGGAGGAGCAGUAAAACUAAUCAUCUUCUUAGACAUCCCAAUGUUUUGGCAUUGAGCUCACCAGAUGCUGAUUUAUGUGCUGCCUCUAAACAAAUCUGUCUCCCAUGCUCCUUGCUGGGUUGCUGAAAAAUGUAUUAUCACUUUAUUUUAAUGUGAUCACUCUUUAUAAAGAAAUGAAUUACAAGUGUUUUGGGUAUUGGAAUAAUAUCCAAUUGUCUGGAUAAUCUGCCAGUACAUCAGCACUGAAGUCGCACGCAUGACAUAUUAACAGAACUUAAUUUUAAUUGAAAUGCUUCACGAAAGAUGUGGCACCGGCAUUAUGGGUUGCAUUGCCUCUUCUGUUUCUAUGAAUGCAAAAGGAAAUAGAUUGUCUGUCACAUGACAUUGCAAAUUCUGUUUAAAAACUUGUCAGUAUACAACACAUGGCCUGGUGCUGUAGCAUUUAGUAAAGCUGCAGGUUGCAGUCACAUUAUACUGUAAGUUUAAAUUAAAUUUGUGUGGAGUCAGAUUGAACACUGCCACAUUUUGGGGUUGUUUGUUUAUUGCAACUGUUGUAAAAGCUUAAUAUUUAUUCGCUUGGAAGUGUUGUAGAUCUUGCUGGCUUUUGAAAAGGUAUUGGAGUGCCAAAGCAACAGAAAUUAAGGUGCCAGUUCCAUCUGAUGACCAUCCGGUGGUGCCACCUGGACAUCCGGUGGCGCUGUUACUGGCUGCCUCCACCCAUGGUCUGGUUGUCUUUUUUAUUUUUUGUUGUGUUUAGAGAGUUUUUUUGGGUUAUUUUUCAGUAUUUUAUGUGGGGGGGAGGCGGGUAGGGCAAGGGGGAAACCGUCCUUCAGUCACUUCCUGGCGAGGAUGCGGCUAUUAUCCGAGUUGCGGCCUACCAACUGGAUUGGCGCGGCCUUUCCUGCCGGGACCGGACCAGAGCUUCAGCAACUGCGGCGCUGCGCUCGAUACAUCGCGGAGCGGGCGAGGCCUUACCUGGGAUCGCCGCUUGGAGCUCCAGAGUGUUGGGCCGCUGCUCCAACAUCGCGGAUCUGUGGAUGCAGAGCUCCCAGCGCGGGCGGCGCUGACUUCAACAUCGUAGAGUCCUGGGACCCUUUGCCGGGGGUCGCCAGCGCGAAUCUCCGCCUGUGGACAUCGGGAGUCGCGGACUCCUGUGGGAGGUGACCGAUUCAGAGGUCCAGGCCGCUGAGGAUGUUCUCCCAUUUGACGUUGGGGUUCCAUCGUUCCCGGCGAGAGGGCCUGAACAUCGGGCCGCCCAUAGCGGCGACUGCGGGGGGCUCGGGAGGCCCCGACCACGGGUGAACAUUGGGGAACAUCAGUGAGGAGGUUAACUGGACUUUGGUUCCUUCCCUCACAGUGGGGAACUUUGGCGCCACUGUGGGGAUGUUUGUGUUGUGGAGGACUUCUGUGUUCUGUGUUUUUUUCUUUUACUGUUUGUAUGACUGUAAGGGAAAGAGAAUUUUGUUGUGUCUUAAUUGAAGACAAUGAUAAUAAACCAAAUCAAACCAUCCAGCUUUCUGCCAUUCACUAAUGAAGGGAAAGACUGGAAUUCAUGUCUGACCCUUCAUGACCUAGGAAAUUCUAAAGGGAAUUGUCGGCAAUCAGGUAGAUUUGAAAUGUUGUUAUAAGUAAGACAGUAAUUCGAGCAGCUGAUUUGUGUGCACACAAUUUCACAAACGCAAGGCUGACAGUGGCCAAUUAAUCAGUUACAGUGAUGUUGAUUGGAUACGUGACAUAGAUGCAGGUGUGAAAAUGGGAACCAUUUGAGCUAACUUUUAUCAUGAGAAUAAUUUUAGUAAUGGGAUAGUUUCCAAAAUGACAACAACAAUUGGUGAGCAUAAACCACAAUUGCUUGCCCAUCAAUCAGAUUUGGGAUCCAUCGCUGCUAUAGUCUAUAGAACACCAAAUAUUGUUUUGUUUUUAUAGCUGCAGUUUUGUGCUGCACAAUGCACCAGAUUUUACCACAGUUAUGUGGUAUCUUUUUUUUAACUGUUUCUGUGUUUUGGAAUGGAUUAAAGACUUAUGUUGCAUUUGCCGAGCCUUUCAAUGAUGACUCUUGGUCAAACCAGUUAUACUUUAUACAAAGGAAAAGUGAAGUGAGUUCCAUUUAAGGCCCACUCAGCCUAUUCAAGAUAUGGGAAGGACCUCCAAAUGGACCUCAUCUGUUGCAUUUUAAUGUUGAGUCUGAUCAGAUUAAUAUCUCACAACACCAAUCUGUGACUGAAUCUCAACUUGGUUCAGAAUUUGGAAUUGAGGAGCCUCUCACUCAGAUGGACAUGUGCUGUCUUUCAAUUUGCUUAAAUGCUUCCCUCAACCAUCUCACCAGUGCUGCAAUUUGUGUCUGGGAAACACAAUAGUUGGGUGAUGAUCCCCAUGAAGGAGUGGGAUGAAUGGGGCACUUCCAUUCAUAAUUGCCACUACUUUAGAAAUAAGAAUGCAAUGAAAUAUUCCAAAGUUAUUAGUUUAGAAUACUCACAAGUAGCACAGCAGUACAACUGGUAAAGUUUCUGCCUCAAAGAUCCAGAGACCUGGGUUCGAUCCUGAUCUCGGGUGUUGUCUGCAUGAUGUUUGCACAUUCUCCCUGUGACUGUGGGAUUCCUCCGGGUGCUCCCACAUCCCAAAGACAUGCGGGUUUGUAGGUUAAUUGGCUAUAAAUUGCCCCUUGUGUGUAGCGAGUGGAUUAGGAAAUGGGAUAACAGAAUCAUUGUGAACAGGUGAUUGAUGGUCGGUGUGGACUCAAAGGGUUGAAGGGCCCGUUUCCAUGCUGUAUAUCAGAACUGACCUCUUAAGUAUAUAAAUCACAAAUUGAACAUUGGAUCCAUUGUGUUUUGAAGAUGUUGUGGAUUCAGUGACUUGAACACAACGUGAUACCAAUUUGCUGCUGAUAGAUUUGUGUCCGACUGGUUGAUUAUCACGCAGAUGGUGUCAAAUAUGUAAGAGUUUGUUCAUCUAUCUCUUUGACUCCUGACGGCACUGUCUCGUGCUGGGUUACAAUCUGAAACACUAUUUGCCAAUCAUUCAGUCUUUAACCUCGUCAACAGAACCUUCCCUCAUUUACCAGAAGUGGUUAUUUGUUCGCAGCUGGAACUAAGGUAUCCUUCCUUCUCAACUGCAAGCGGUUUGGUUUUUGUUUCAUUCUUGCCCCCUCGUCUGGUGUACUGAAGCCAAGUCCUGUAGUCCCACUGCUGGACUUGACUGUGAGCUCUGUGGAGAUGAGUAACAUGUGCCUUUGCUGGUUCAGAGUUCGAUGUGGAGAAAAUGUUUCUUGGGGAAGAUUUUCUUUUAAAUGAAUGACUUUUAAGGACUUAAAUAUUGACGAGAGGAAUGAACACAUAAGAAAUUUAAUACCGUUGCCUUUCAAAAUCUCUAGCGUAUGCUGUGAGUUUCAAGCACUAUAUAUAUCCUGGUUUUAUCUUGAGUUUUCAGUGUGUGUGUCUGAAGUGUUGUGACAUUGUACAUACAUGCAGUUUAUAUAUUGAAUUUGCAUUAUAAAAAUUCUACUAAAUAAAAUGUUUACUCUGAA